AUCAUCUUGGCUCGAGCCGCCAUGUUUAUUGCGGGCACCACCAAGAGACAUUGAGAAAAGCUGUGAACUCCAGUGUCAUUCAGAUAGAGGCUGGCUCACACACCGAUGGAGUCACAGGGCCCCCGGUUAGAUGUGGGGCCCCCAGGAAACCCAGUCCCCGGGAGAUGUAGUUACUUUGUGCAGAGGAAGAGGAGGUUCUGUAAGAUGGUUGUGUCCGAGGGGAAGAGAUUAUGUGGGGAACAUGCCCAGCAUGGGGAGGUAUGGAAUACAUUUACUCACACACAUUGAUAUAAAACAUAAACAGGAGAGAUGGAAACUAAGUGUGUAGAUGCAGUGGUUAUGGUGGUGGGAGUCCUGGUCAAUGAAAAGUUCUGCUUUACAAUAUAACAUUAUAGCAAAACUUUCACUUCUCUUGUUCUUAUAACAACUUCAACUCAUUGAAAUUGUUAGGGGGCUGGAGGGUCCCCAGCAUUGUCUUACCUUCAGAGGGGCUGGAGGGUCCCCAGCAUUGUCUUACCUUCAGAGGGGCUGGAGGGUCCCCAGCAUUGCCUUACCUUCAGAGGGGCUGGAGGGUCCCCAGCAUUGCCUUACCUUCAGAGGGGCUGGAGGGUCCCCAGCAUUGCCUUACCUUCAGAGGGGCUGGAGGGUCCCCAGCAUUGUCUUACCUUCAGAGGGGCUGGAGGGUCCCCAGCAUUGUCUUACCUUCAGAGGGGCUGGAGGGUCCCCAGCAUUGUCUUACCUUCAGAGGGGCUGGAGGGUCCCCAGCAUUGUCUUACCUUCAGAGGGGCUGGAGGGUCCCCAGCAUUGUCUUACCUUCAGAGGGGCUGGAGGGUCCCCAGCAUUGUCUUACCUUCAGAGGGGCUGGAGGGUCCCCAGCAUUGCCUUACCUUCAGAGGGGCUGGAGGGUCCCCAGCAUUGCCUUACCUUCAGAGGGGCUGGAGGGUCCCCAGCAUUGCCUUACCUUCAGAGGGGCUGGAGGGUCCCCAGCAUUGUCUUACCUUCAGAGGGGCUGCAGGGUCCCCAGCAUUGUCUUACCUUCAGAGGGGCUGCAGGGUCCCCAGCAUUGUCUUACCUUCAGAGGGGCUGGAGGGUCCCCAGCAUUGCCUUGCCUUCAGAGGGGCUGGAGGGUCCCCAGCAUUGUCUUGCCUUCAGAGGGGCUGGAGGGUCCCCAGCAUUGUCUUACCUUCAGAGGGGAUGGAGGGUCCCCAGCAUUGUCUUACCUUCAGAGGGGCUGCAGGGUCCCCAGCAUUGUCUUACCUUCAGAGGGGCUGCAGGGUCCCCAGCAUUGUCUUACCUUCAGAGGGGCUGCAGGGUCCCCAGCAUUGUCUUACCUUCAGAGGGGCUGGAGGGUCCCGAGCAUUGUCAUACCUUCAGAGGGGCUGGAGGGUGCCCAGCAUUGUCUUACCUUCAGAGGGGCUGGAGGGUCCCCAGCAUUGUCUUACCUUCAGAGGGGCUGGAGGGUCCCCAGCAUUGUCUUACCUUCAGAGGGGCUGGAGGGUCCCCAGCAUUGUCUUACCUUCAGAGGGGCUGGAGGGUCCCCAGCAUUGUCUUACCUUCAGAGGGGCUGGAGGGUCCCCAGCAUUGUCUUUCCUUCAGAGGGGCUGGAGGGUCCCGAGCAUUGUCUUACCUUCAGAGGGGCUGGAGGGUCCCGAGCAUUGUCUUACCUUCAGAGGGGCUGGAGGGUCCCGAGCAUUGUCUUACCUUCAGAGGGGCUGGAGGGUCCCAGCACGGUCUUACCUUCAGGGGUUGAACUACUUUUCAGCGGUUCAACCCGAGAUUUGGUCCUCCAGUGUCCAACGUUGCAACUUCCUACCAGCCCCCAUCGUAUGAGAAAGGUUUGUCCAGCUGAGUACGUACAAGCUCUACCAUGGUGUAUACAAGGGACUUUGCUAGGGAAUCCAUACUUGAGACUAGCACAACAUUACUUCAGAAUUAAAAAUUAAAACAAACGGGUAGGAAUGUUUGGUACAUAGUAUAAUCAUGUGUACUUUUAUUCCAGGAACAAAACAGUCGGAAGCGUAUCCCUUGCCCUUUGGAUCCCAAGCAGUAAGUUACUAAGCUUUAACUACUUUUGAUUAAUAUAUUUUAGCUGUAAAUCUUACCUUCCCCCUCCCCCUCCCAUUGUGUUUUUUUUGUUUUUUUUAAUAUAGCACAGUGUAUGAGGAUCAGCUCCAAAAACACCUUAAAAAAUGUAACUCCAGAGAGAAACCACUGCCGGUAUGUAGUAUGUCAUACGUCUGUUAAUGAAUGCAAUUCACCCAAAACACAGUAGCCAUUUCCCUACUAAUUGUUUUCAGUUUUAUGUGAUCUCUAAAGGUUUUGCUGAUAAAUCUGUUAUAAUUAGGGUACCUGCUGUAAAUUGUCUUGCAUUUGGGUCUAUAAACUGAACACGAAAUUGUAGUGAAUGGAAAAUUUCAUUAAAAAAAAAAAAAAAAAGGCUAAAAUAGCCUAGCUGUGUCUAUAACCUAGAUGGUUAUUUUUUUUACCAAAUGUAAUGACUUUUUUUUUUUUUUAACCAAAUAAGAUGCUUUCAUUUUUGUGCUUUAAAAAUUCUUUAAAUUCUUUAAAUUAAUUAGUACUGUCUUCUAGGAGUGUUGAUCUUUUGGUUGAUUUAAAAUUCAUCCAGGGUCAACUUUGGUAAUUUUAACAUGCUUUUUAGGUGUUUUAUAUGCACAAUGUGAACGCUGGAUCACUUGAUAGAGUCUCGUGUGAAGAGCAGGUAUGAACAAAGUGUUUUCUUAUAAUUUGGGUAGAAUGUGACGGCAGAUAAGAACCAUUCGUCCCAUCUAGUCUGCCCAAUUUUUUAAAUAUGUUCAUUAGUCCCUAGCCUUAUCUUAUAGUUAGGAUAGCCUUAUGCCUAUCCCACGCAUGCUUAAACUCCUUUACUGUGUUAACCUCUACCACUUCGGCUGGAAGGCUAUUCCAUGCAUCCACUACCCUCUCAGUAAAGUAAUACUUCCUGAUAUUAUUUUUAAACCUUUUCCCCUCUAAUUUAGGACUAUGUCCUCUUGUUGUAGUAGUUUUUUCUUCUUUUAAAUAUGGUCUCCUCCUUUUUUAUUAUUAUUUUAUUAUUUAUAUAGCACCAUCAUAUUCCGUUGCGCUGUACAUUGGGUGGACUAAUAGACAUGUAAUUUUAACUCUGCUCAAUGAGCUUACAUUCUUUAAUGUGUUGAUUCCCUUUAUGUAUUUAAAUGUUUCUAUCAUAUCCCCCCCCGUCUCGUCUUUCCUCCAAGCUAUACAUGUUAAGAUCCUUUAACCUUUCCUGGUAAGUUUUUAUCCUGCAAUCCAUGAACCAGUUUAGUAGUCCUUAUCUGAACUCUCUCUAAAGUAUCAAUAUCCUUCUGAAGAUACGGUCUCCAGUACUGCGUACAAUACUCCAAGUGAGGUCUCACCAGUGUUCUGUACAAUGGCAUGAGCACUUCCCUCUUUCUACUGCUAAUACUUCUCCCUAUUCAGCCAAGCAUUCUGCUAGCAUUUCCUGCAGCUCUAUUACAUUGUCUGCCUACCUUUAGGUCAUCAGAAAUAAUCACCCCUAAAUCCCUUUCCUCAGAUGUUGAGGUUCGGAAUCUAUCCUAUGCACGGCCUGAUCUCUCUUGAAUUUUAAAUACAUUGACUCACAGACCCCGGGUAAAUUGUCAAGCUAUUCACAAAGCUUGACUACUUACCCUGCAAGGCCACCGAGGCACUCCUUGCACCAUAUCCACUACAGCAGUGGUUAUGGUACAUGGAGUGCUCUUGUGAAGGCACACAAUAGUCACCUAUAUCACUUCAUCUCAGUGCAGUGGUCCUGUCAUUUUUUUCCCUGCAAUGUAGAAAUAGCAUUAUUAACAUGGAAGGGUUAAUACACUGCUUGUCUGUCUGACAGCCACUAGAAGUUCUUCUCCCUCUAUAGCCGGCUAAUGAAUCAGAUUGGUCUCAUAGUGACCAUUUGAUUGGUUUAAUUGGAUGGUUUGCCGAGAUAAUCUUUCUGCAUUCAGCCAAGGAGGCGGAGUAGCAUUGUGGAGAUUGGCAUGGCAAGGUACGUAAAACUCUCCUUUUAAACGCUCAAAGGCGGGGGGGGAGGGGGAGGAGCAUUGGAAGUACAUGUAUUUCUAAUGCUCAAAUGUUCCUUUAAGAGCAUUUGUUCUGAUGCCCAGGUUCUUCAAAAGUGACUUGAAACAAAUUGGGUUUUCUUUUUAAACACGUAUGCUUUACUAUAUUUUCAAUGUACUUCCCAUGAGCUGUUUAUUCUCUACACAUCUUGAGUUACAAUACAAAAGCGGCUUUUAAAGGACCACUAUAGUGCCAGGAAAACACUCUUUUUCCUGGCACUAUAGUGCCCUGAAGGUGCCCCCACCCUCAGGGUCCCCCUCCCGCCGGGCUCUGGGGGGAGGAAAGGGUUAAACUUAUCUCUUUCUCCAGCGCCAGGCGGGGAGCUCUCCGCCUCUUCGGCUGAAUGCGCAGCAAGAGCUGCGCGCGCAUUCAGCCAGUCCAUAGGAAAGCAUUCUCAAUGCUUUCCUAUGGACGCAAGCAUCUUCUCACUGUGAAAAUCACAGUGAGAAGCGCCGAAGCCCUCUAGCGGCUGUCAAUGAGACAGCCACUAGAGGCUGGAUUAACCUAUAGGUAAACAUAGUUUCUCUGAAACUGCUAUGUUUACAGAAAAAAGGGUUAACCCUAGAUGAACCUGGCACCCAGACCACUUCAUUAAGCUGAAGUGGUCUGGGUGCCUAUAGUGGUCCUUUAAAGAAACACCCAGUUAGCGGUUUACAUGCUAUGUAUUACACAUAGCAUAUGUUGGUGCCUAGAGUGUAGAUCAACAGUUUGCAUUAGUGUUUUUGAUUUUGUUUUUGAGACAGCAGCAAGCAGUGAAUCCUCUCCCAAUCUCUUCCUACAUUUAGGUGGCCAUCAGUUCCAUGUCACGAGAAGAUCUUCAAAAGUUUAUAGAGAUACUGGUACAAGUAACAACUGGUGGGUCCAGCAAAGCCUAAUGUUCAAUAGUCCUUAAGUUGUAAUAGUUUAUUUAAAAAAUUAUAUAGAAUUGUUACUUUUCUAAUUUUAAUAUAUACAGAUAACACACAAUUUAAAGGCAAAAUAACCAUUGUUGAUUUUCUGUUAAAAAAAUAAAUAAAAUAAUAUACAGAAUAAUUACUUUACAGAGAAGAUUGUAUUUUAAAUAGUUUCUGAAUUUUAAACCUGCAAGCUUUACCAAUCUUAUACAAAUACUUGUACAUGUAAUUCUAUUGUUUUAUUUCUUUGAUAGUGAAGGAGUUAAAUAUAUUGUCAGUGAGAAAUCCAGAAAAUCUGUCACAAUUUUAAACAGAGUAUAAAAGAUGAAAUGUGAAUAUUUGUGCAGGACUGAACACUCCAUUACCAGACAAGAAACUUCGGCACUGGGCAUUACAAGAAGCCUUAAAUGAUCCUGUGAAUGGAGAGUCUGCUGCAAAGCACUUAAAGCAACAGGUUAGAGGAAACUGGGUUAUUCUGACACAGAUACAGCUUUAUUUUUAAUGUUUCCCACAGCACAUACAGUGGACGUUAAGUCUUAAGUUCAGUGGACCAUAUAAUCCUUAAAGGGACAGUAUAGUCACUAUAACAACUACAGCUGAUUGUAUUUGUGCUAAUGAGUAGAAUCAUUCCCUUCAGGCCUUUUGCAGUAAACAGUCUUUUCAAUAACUCCACUGGCCACUCCUCAGAUGGCUGGUAGAGGUGCUUCCUGGGGUACUGCUGCACACUGUGCAGUACUGCCAUUCACUGUCUCCACCCUCUGCAUGCAAACACUGAACUUGAUUCAAUGCAUCUCGAUAAGGAGGGUGUGUUUGACUUGUGCUUUGCCCCUGAUCUCCUUCCUUGACAGUCUCAGCCAAUCAUAUGGGAAAGCAUUGUGAUUGGCUCACAGAAUCAUUUCUGAUGAUGUCAGCCAGCUGUAAGAUCAGGGACAGAGGCAGUGCUGCAGACUUGAAUAGAAGUACGAUUUUACUAUACUGUACUUAGCGAGGCUAGGGUACAAGAUGCAUAUAUUGGAAGAAUUAUGUGAUGGAUUUCAGCUCAACAUGUAGUGACCUGUCUCCUUCCUGUCCACAGGCUUCUAUUUUGGGUCACUUGGACAGUUUGGGUUUGCUAGGAGGCUCUAGAUGCUUUGUAGAAUUUGGUGCAGGACGUGGCAAGCUGUCCCACUGGGUGGACAUUGCUUUACAAGAUGCUGAAAAUGUUCAUUUUAUUUUGGUGGAGAGAGCUACUACAAGAUUUAAGGUAUGAGUCUGCAAACCAACUCCUCCCACCCCCUUAACACACACACAUCCUCACACCACAAAAAAAUCUGACAAAUUAACAGCAUGGAUAAUGUCUACGAGAGUCUUGAAGCAGUUCAUAACCAGGAACAUAAAAGGAAAAAAGCCACACCAAGUAAUUUAACAGGAAUCUAUGCAGAUAAGAGGAGGUUCUUACCUUACUAGUAGAUUUCUAUCCAACAAUCCACAUACAUUUGGCAACAUUUUCUACUCAUUGUAAUAACUAUGGUACUAGCAAACAACUGGUACCAUGCUCACAACCGUUCUAUUAUUAUUUUAUUGUUUAAACAGUGGCAGCAAAUUCCAUAGCGCUGUACAAUGGGUGGACUAACAGACACGUAAUUGUAACCAGAAAAGUUGGAUGCACAGGAACAGAGGGGUUUAGUUCCCUGCUCAAUGAGCUUACAUGCUAGAGGGAGUGGGGUAUAGUGACACAAAGGGUAAAAGUAGGGAUAACUAAGUGCAAGAUGUAUCAAUGGUGCUUGGACUGCCCCUUUAAAUCAAUACAACCGGAUCAUUGCUUCUUACAUUUUAAUGAUCAAUAAAAUUACUUACCAUCAUCACAGUCAAGUCUGUAAAUAUCUCAUGCUUGCAUGGCAGGUCCUAUUUAUUUGGAAUGCUAAGCUUUACAGAACCCUAUCCUGACAUUCCAUUUUUUAAUAGGAUCCUUAAAGGGACACUUCACUGCCCAAAGAAAAAAUCAUUGUUUAGUAGAUCUAUCCACAAUCAAAAUAUGAACACAUUUAAUUAUGCAUUUUAUUUCAGUGAGGGUAUAACUAAAAAUAUAUUGUAAAAGCUGCAUAUCUGAAGCCUGUCCAGACUUUCUGUGGCCUGUCCAGACUUUCUGUGGCUCUUCCGUUACAGCCUUCCAAAUGCAGCUCACUGAGAAGUCUUUGCAAGGCAGAUGCUCUAAACAAUCUCCUGCCUCUUACAUUUAGCUCAAUUAAGCUAAGCCAAGAAAUAAGAGGACCGGUUGUCAGAUAGCCAGAGCGGUGCAACAAUGAAAUUUUUAAAAGUGCCAAUGUCUAUUAAAAUCUGCACUUUUUGUAAAAUGUAAAAAAGGAGACACGUUCUUCACACAGGGGUAAGGUGUUCCUUUAAAUAUUAGUUUGUAAUGAUGACAUGGAAUAUUAUUAGUCUUAAGGUAUUAAACCUCAUGUGAUGUCACCCUUUAGGUAGUUGUACGUUUCCUAGUCCAAAUAUUUGUUUUCAAAUAUUUAAUGGUUAGGCUACAGCUCCUUUAUUUUUAUAGGAGUAUUGUAACUGAUUCUGUUCUUUACUACAGGUAGAUGGGAAGCAGAGAAAAUCUACUUUUGAGAGGCUUCAUAUUGACAUUCAGCAUUUGUGCUUAGGUUGGUGUGAUCACAGAUACAAGGGUGGUUAAAGAAAUGUUAUAAUACAACAGUGUAAAACUAAUUUGUUUUUCUCAGAUAGGGUGCCCAGCCUUGUUCAGAAGCAACUUCCAGUCAUUGGAAUUGGAAAGCACCUGUGUGGAGCUGGGACAGGUAGGAGCAGUGUCUUGGGGAAGCUUACAUUCUAUAGGAGGUGGGGUGUAAAACACAUUAGGACAGGAAUUUGCAGUCAAAUGAGGUGGGCUGCCCUUUAGGAGAGAGCAAGAGACAGGUAUGUGAGGUAGAGGUUACUCUGGGAGGCCAUAAGCUUUCCUAAAGAGAUGGGUUUUAAGGCACUUCUUAAAAGAUGCAAGACUAAAGGAGAGUCUGAUGGCGGUAGGUAGGCUAUUCCAUCGGAAGGGAGCCGCCCGCAAGAAGUCCUGCAAGCCUGAGUUGGCCGUACGGGUGUGGACAAUGGACAGGAGGUGGUCACGGGCAGAGCGGAGAGACCAAGAAUACAGGAAGCCAAUGUAAGGACUGGCAGAGGGGUGAGGUGUGAGAGAAACGACUAGAGAGAAAAAUCAGUCUGGAAGCAGCGUUCAUUAUGGACUGUAGCGGUGCAGUACGGCUUUUGGGAAGACCAAUCAGGAGAGGGUUACAAUAAUCCACGCGGGAAAUUACUAGAGCAUGGACAAGCUUGUGUAAGAAAGGGGUGGAUGCGGGCUAUGUUUUUAAGAUGGAAUCUACAGGAUUUGGCAACAUGCUGGAUGUGAGGCUCAAAGGUGAGGUCAGAAUCAAGUAUGACGCCAAGACAGUGCGCUUGCAAGGAUGGACUGAUGUUGAUACCACUAACUUGAAGGGAGAGCGAAAGAGCUGGAUCAGUAUUAGGAGGAAGAAAGACAAGGAGCUCAGUUUUAGAGAGAUUGAGUUUCAGAAAGCGGGAGGACAUCCAGUCAGAGAUGGAAGAAAGGCAAGCAGUGACACGUUCCAGGACGGCAGGGGAGAGGUCCGGGGAGGAGAGAUAUAACUGGGUGUCAUCAGCAUACAGGUGGUAGUGGAAUCCAGUUGAAUAAGUUUGCCAAGAGAGGCAGUAUAAAGAGAAAAUAAUAGGGGACCAAGGACAGAGGCAUGGGGAACUCCAACCGAGACAGGACGAGGGGAGGAGGUAUCAUUAAAAAAGGAGACCCUGAAUGAGCGUUGGGAGAGAUAAGAGGAAAACCACGAGAGGACAAAGUCACAGAGACCGAGUGAUUGAAGAGUUUGAAGGAAAGCAUGAUCAACGGUGUCAAAGGCCGCAGAGAGGUCAAGAAGAAUUAGUAUGGAGUAGUGGCCUUGGGAUUUAGCUGCGAUUAGGUCGUUAGUAACUUUGAUAAGCACAGUCUCAGUAGAGUGGAGGGGGUGGAAGCCAGAUUGAAGAGGGUCAAGGAGAGAGUUGGAAUUGAGGAAAUGAGACACACGGGUAAAGACAAGUCUUUCCAGAAGCUUUGAGUAGUAAUUAAUUAUGUGAUUAUCUGAUAUCCAUUGAUUAUCAGAAUUAUAUCAUUGUUUUAGUAUACAUAAAAUAUAUUUGAAGGCUGACUCCUUAAUAUACCAAGUGAUGUUGAAAAAUAAAAUCACUAUGCAUAAAUUGUAGCAUAUGUUUAAAAUCUAGGCACUUAGAGAUUUGGACACUAAACCUUCUGCCGACCAAUGUGCAUAUGUUGGCCAAUUUAGUGUGGGUAGAGUUUGGCUUUUUUCAUUUUGCUACUCUGGCCUAAAUGUUACAAGUUGGUUGUUAAAGUGCUAUUACUCACUGCUUAGAAAUUAAACCCCUUAGAAAUUUGUUAUUAUAUAAUUCUUCUUAACAUGAGACUUUUGUUCUAUAUAUGUUAUAAAUUGACCAUUAUAUUUGUAUUAUUGCAGAUCUGGCAUUGCGUUGUCUUGCACAGACUUACUUUUCUCCAUUGGGAGAUCCUCCGUGCAAGCGUCCAAGACUAAAUCCCACUGGGGACAAUUCAGAUGAAAAAGGGAGCAGUAACUCUCCACUAAAUCAAUACAGCCCUGUUGCAGGAAUCGUUCUUGCUUUAUGUUGUCACCAUCGAUGUGACUGGCAAUUCUAUGUAGGGAGAGACUUUUUCAAAAAUCUAGGCCUUGGGCAGAGAGAAUUUAACAUUUUUCAGCGCAUGUCCAGCUGGGCAACGUGUGGGUUCCACAAACUAGCAACUGAUGUGUCUCAUGCCGGUAAGAAGAAUGACCCAGAGGAUGAGGAAGACAAUAAAGAUGAGCAGAAGAAUUUAGACUGUAAUUCAGAGACCAUCCAACGGUGAGACAGAACUUCACAGUUUUAUAUAAAUGUUCAACUACAGUCUUAAAAUUAUAUUUUAAAGUCCUGUCUGUGUUUUUAAGGUUUCUGACUGUGGAUGAACGUGAGCAUUUGGGACGUCUCUGUAAGCUCCUGAUCGACCAAGGACGUCUACAUUACUUGAAAAGCAUUGGAUAUAGACCAACACUACAUUAUUACACAGACCCUGAGGUUUCCUUAGAGAAUGUUCUGCUUACAGCCUUACCCCAACAGCAUAAUUGAGGGCUGCAAGCUAGUUGCUUGAUUUAUAGUUGACAUACAGUGCAGAAAUGAGUCUACAGAGAGGAGUAUGGAUUACGAGUAUUUUAAACCCAUCCAGAUCAACAUGUCCGAGACACAGAAUUGAGAGAUUUGCCCCAACCUAGCUCUGAAGGGGAAAAUCAGGACAUAAAGCUGUUUUUUGUGACACAUAUGAUAAACUCUGAUAAUAGCUUGCAAAGGAGAUUUAGUACUCCACCAGUACAGACUGUAAAUAAACCUGAGUCAUUUGCUCUUCAUGCAGUUUUCCAUACAUAAUCAGAGAUCCUGCUACUCAGAUUUCUGAAAAUCAGAUAUUUUUUGAUUAACAGCAUUUUGUCGCUGGAUACAUUUGAACACUGCAGGACCUCUCCCAGACCAUUUUGACCACAGAUUCAGAGUUUAUCUGGUUAACUUCUCAUUAAGUGUCAUCUUCGUGUAAAUUACUUAGACCUUGAAUUCAAACUUUUAAUGGAACACUUGCUCCGUUUUGCCUGUUCCUUAUUUACCAUCUUUUAAUUUCACAUUUUCAGUUCCAUCUUAUUGGAUACAGUCUGUGUUUUCUGAAAGAGAAUACAGCUGUUAGUUUGAUUCCACUGAAAAUCAGUAUUAAUUUAUGUUUCUAUUACUGCUAAACAGAUGUUAUGGCUUAUGAGUUACUUUUAUACCUGUAAAUUUUAAAGGAGCACAGAAUUAUUAAAAUAGAUGAUUUACUUCCCUUUUUCCAGCGCCGUCGGUCUUGCUUACCUCUCUGCCUUCUGUAGCAUGAUUGCAUAUGAUGGCCAGGAGAGGUGAUUUAAAAUUUCAGUUUUUAAAAAAAAAAUGUGCAAUGUUUUACAUUGCAGGCUUAAAGCUAAAGGACCACUGCAUCGAGACCACCUCAUUGUGAUAAAGUAGCCUGGGUGACUAGUGAUAUGAGUUUUCUUUUACAUUUGGAUUUACAAAACGUUGGUUUUAUUUUAUUUGAAAUAAAUUAAGCCUUAUAAGUUUCUUCAUUUGUUGUUCUUUUCCCCCUAUACAAAUAGAUCUGGUACAUCAAAUCUAGACGUAAAAUGUCUGUCACAACAAACUUGCCUUUC